AUGGGGGAUAAAGGAGGCUUUUGCAGUGGGGAAGAGCUGCAAUAUUUGCUGGUUGAAAAUGAACAGCACAUUCAAACUAUUCAGGUAACCUGGGAAUCUCGGUUAGAAGAAGCUCGGAAAGAAUGGGAACAGCAGUAUGCUGCAAUUACUCAGGAGAGAAGGAUGAUGGAGACGUUCCCUUAUCUCUUGAAUAUCAAUGAAGACCCACAGCUUUCUGGGGUACUCAAGCACUUCAUUCAGGAUGGUGCAAGUGAUGUUGGUCAGUCAGCCUCAAAUGCAAUAGUCCUUAAAGGUCUGGGCAUUAUGGACAAGCAAGCUACAUUUACAAACACUGAUGGCAAAGUCACCAUAACACCCUGGGAUAAGAGCAUGGUCAUUGUUAACGGGGUGCCUGUCACUGUGAAAACUAAACUGCAGCACUUGGACCGUAUUAUUUUGGGGUCAAACAGUGCUUACCUCUACAUUGGACCUCCUGCAGAACGCACCAAUGAAGGCUUGCUGAGAUAUGAUUAUGAUUUCUUUCAGUCAGAGCUGGCAGCUGCGGAUGGCUUUAGCGUAGAUAAGCUUGGUGCUGUUAGUAAUAAGGAUGGCAAACCAGACCCCAGCGUUCUUGCAGUAUUCCAUGAUUAUAUCAAGCUAAUGCCUUUGGUUGCAGAAGCCAAUCAGAUGAGUGAGGAGCUGAACAAGGGUCUCAAGUUUGAAUUGAAGGUGAAAAAUCUAGCAUCUUCAGAUUCCAGAGGUUAUGAUCUGCAAAAGGAAAUAAUAGUAAAGGUGAUGCACAAAAUUACUAAGCAGGUAUGGGUGUGGUCAAAGGCCAAGUUCAUCAACAGGAAAUUCUUAAUGGAGGAACUUUAUCAGCACUUUCUAGAUGGAGAGGACAUGCAUGUGGAGCAAGACAAUGAUCCAUUUUGGGAUCCUGUUGAGGUUAUUCAUUUAGGAUCUGCUCACAUUUGGCUUCAGUCACUCGCUUACUGCAUGAAGCUGGAAGAACAAACAGAGCUUCUGAACUUCGAAGGACAGGAGGAGGCUGUUGUACUUAUAAAUGUAGUGCCGUGUUCCAGUGAUGGAAGAGCCUUUGAAGAGGAUGAUGUGGUCAUUGACCCUUUGGAGUUGCUGGGAAGGCAGAUCGAUUUCCAGAUUCACAUUGUGCAGUGUUUUGGAGUCAGAUGGCUGAGAGACGUCUCUGACAGGGGGAUUCAGAUUGGGUACAGAGUUUAUGACCUUCCACGAUCUGUGUACACAAAGCCUGUCUGGAAAAGUGUGAAUCCAAAGAUAGAAGAGAGAACACAUUUCUCAGCCCUCACUGUAUCCCAUGAUUUUUUGAAUUAUUUACAGAAAAAUGCUUUAAUUGUUGAUCUCUGGGGCCUUCAAGAGGGGUGCACAGAGCUAGACUGUUCCCUCCAAGGCUGCAGGGUCACAAGUGAGGGCACCAUUAUUGUCGAUAGCCCAAAAGAUUUGAAUGCAUAUGAUAUUAGUCUGGAUGCACCAAACCAAAUGUCUAAACUCUACACGAAGCUACUGAAGCUGGAACAGGAAACUGAGCUUCUGAGGGAUAUUAACAGAGCUCUAAGGGAAGAAAAUAUUUUUCUUAAGGAGCAGCUGAAGAAAUGGGACACAGGACACCAUGAAAGUAAGAAUAUGAAGUCACCUCACAAAUGGACAAUUAAGAUGACAAAACCACCUCUCUCAUCAGAAGGAACUGACCAGCUGUGCCGUCACCGGACCAGCUAUGACAGUGAUUUUGCUAAAGCCCUUAAGGUCUUCUAUCAAAACAUGAAUGUAGUAAGAGGACAGUUUCUGAAGCUGAAGCACAGCAAACCCCCCGUAUGUCUGAUUUUUGAAGUGUUGUUUUAAGAAAUGGGAACUGGGCCUCUUCAGAUUUAAGAUCCUUUUAUGUCACCAGCUUUUACUACAGGAUUGCAGGUGACAUAAUUCUUAUUUCUUGCAACUAUUUCCUUUCCUGCUUUUUGCAUUAGAACAAACCUGUUUCCAUGAGCUUGUUUGUCAGCAUUCUUAGGCUAGGAAUAGAUGAUAUAUUUACCCCUGGACAAGUUGUGCCCAUGUUUAUCCUGGACCAGAAAUAUCCCAGGAUUGGCGUGUACACAAUUCACUCUUCCAAUCAGGGUUUAGUAAACAGAUGAAUGCACUGCUGCUUUUCUGCCAUUAAUGAGGUAAUCCCAGGAUGCACUCUGUGAUGUACUGGGAUAAACUGUUAGUACUUCUUAUCCAAUAAGCCUUUUUAGGAUUUAUCCU